AUGCCGAUCUUCUCGCAAGCCGGCCUCGCCGUCGACAUCGGAGGCGGGGGCGGCGUUCACGACGAUUUUGUCGGUUCGUCGACAUCCUCUUUUAUGGAGGCAGCCCGGCGACUGGCUCGCUCCUAUUACUCCCACGUAGCACUUGAUCCACGACCCAUCACGCGUGGUCUUGUCGACGUACAGGCCGCCUUUGAAGUCGCCUACAGCCAAUUGGGCGAGUUUGAGCGCCUUCAGACCACCAUUUCACACGUCGGCUUCGCUACAGUUGGCCUCGAGCAGGCCCUCCGUCGCGGUCUCGUGGAACUUGAACUGAUCGGUCGACAAGUGCGCGAUCACAUCGCCGGUCUGGCAGCCAGUGAACACUUUAACCUCCGUCUGAUGGAUCAAUUGCGCCGGAUCGACGGCGAUCUGGCCUCGGGCGUCGAGGCCGGUCGUAGCCUCGAACUCGGCUCCGGAUCAUGGACCGGUCGGCCAACAUCGCAGUCCGACGGUCUUGUCCCUACGUCGGUCAAAAAGAAGCUGCAGCGCGCCUGCGCCGCGCCUCGCCUCGAUCUCGACCCCUACGAUCUGGACGUCAACGCAGACGUCGAUCUCGAUGGUGAUAUCGAAGUCGACAUUGACGGUAGCAACGGUCUCGAGGUAUUGCUAUCCGGUGAGACGGCGCCACAGGCGGCCUGGCUAGCCGAGGUGCGUCGUGACUUAGCCGAUCGACACGCCGAGUUCAGCUUUCUACAAAUUGCGCUCUGGCGUCAGACUGCCGGUUUACGGAGGCCG